CUACAAUCCCCGCUAACCGGCCUUCCAUACGUCCUUCUGGAUAUUCUGUGAACGUUUCAAACCCUCUAUCCUCCUUGGUCUGUAUGCAAGUGAUGUCGCGCUACUAGACCAAGCUUUUGUCGGCAGACUUCUUUCGUCUCGGCACAGUCUGCUUCUUUGGGUAGAGCAGUCCGCACUUGCAUGUUCCUACACUUCAAGUUGCAUCGAAUCCCACUGUGAUCUACAAUAGAGGCGUUCUUGGCGAGCAGUGGUCGUCUGAUGGCUUUACGCGCCGUCUCUGGAGUCGGAGAUCGCUAAAGAAUCGCGGUCAACGAAGUACGCGUAACAUUUAUUCCUUCUUGUCGUGCUUGCCUAUAUAUUAUGGUUCUUCCUCUCGCCAAAUCAAUAAUCCAUAUCACAAAUCAUACUCUUCUAAUCACCAUUCAAAUCCUACCCUAACACCGCAAACAUGAAGAACGUCUUCGCCCUCCUCGCUGUGCUGCCUUUGGCGCUUGGCCAGACCGUCUACCUCAUCCGACACGGCGAGAAGCCCGCUGAUGGAAGCAACGGCCUCAACAGCCAGGGUCAGCAGCGAGCUCAGUGCCUCAAGAAUGUCUUUGGUAGCAGCUCUGGCUACAACAUCGGUUACAUUCUGGCCCAGAAGCCCAAGAAGGACGGCUCGCGUAUUCGUCCUUACCAGACCGUUCAGCCUCUCGCUCAAUCGCUCGGCUUGACUGUCGACACCCACUGCGACCGUGACGACUCUGACUGUGUUGCCAGCGCCGUUGACAACUACUCUGGCGCCGGCAACAUCCUCAUCUGCUGGGAACACGAUGCCCUCACCGAUAUCGUUGAUGCUCUCGGUGAUUCCAACCCUCCUUCAUACCCCAGCAGCCGCUUCGACAUCAUCUGGACCGACCCAUCGCCAUACAACAGCAUCACUUCCAUGACCUCGGAGCACUGCCCUGGCUUGGACAGCUAGAUAUCUUCCCUCCAGACUGAUUAAGAUCAUGGAUCAUAGAUAGACG